UGACGAAUCUGGCAUUGCACUGCGAUCUGGAGUCGGAACGGUUAGCCGCUCGCAGCUUCUCGCAUUUCAAGACGGCGACGCCUCGUAUCUAAUUGGACUGCACGCGUGAGAGUGCGGCGACGACGCGAAGACUCGAGAUGGGGUCGAGAAACAAAGUCGGUGUCAUUCGCGUUCAACCGAGGUCUCCGCUCGCGACUCUCGAGGUGCCGCAGCUCGAGCCGGCCCGCCCCUUUGGCGAGCAACGACCCGGUGCGUCGCUUGGCGUCGAGAAGCGCGCCAUUCAGUGGUUUCAAUCUAACUUCUCACGGGCGUGCAAGCGCGGCUGCAUGACGCUUAAGGAUUUCAAACGGGCGGCUCGGGAGAUCGAGGGUUUCUCCGAGAAUCUCUUCGAGUUGUUCGACACUGAUCACUCCGGAUCGGUCACGCUACAAGAACUCGUGGGCGGAAUGAGUAAACUGGCGAGCCGAGAUAGCCACAAGAAAAUCCUGAAAUGGUUCGAGCAGCAGUUCGCUGGGGUCAGCGGAGACGACCAUCUUCUCCAGUUGUACGAAUUCAGAAAGGCGCUGCAGAUCAACGGAUUUAGCGAGAGGUUUUUCCAGCUGAUCGACAUCGACGGCAGCGGGAAGGUAACGUUCGAGGAGCUGAUGCGCAGUCUGGACAAGCUGACGUGCCUCGACAGAGACGCAAAAUGGCUCGCCUGGUUCGAGCAGCACUUCUCGAUGGUCGCUGGAGCCGAUCGCCAGAUCGGGAUCGGGGAUUUCAAGAAGGCACUGCAUGUGAAAGAGUCGUUCUUCGCCGAGCGAUUCUUCACACUGUUCGACAAGGACAAUAACGGCACCAUCAGCCUGCAAGAGCUCAUGGGCGGUUUGGGCUUGCUGACGUGCGGAUCCGAGAUGGACAAGUUGCGAUUCCUGUUCGAGGUCUACGACGUGAACGGCAAUGGCUUUAUAGAGCCGUUAGAAUUGAAGGACGUGCUGAAGUCGUGUAUGGACGAGAGCCGGCUAAAGUUUAGUGACGACAAACUGGAAGAAUUGACUGAAGCUCUCUUCCAGGAUGCCGACACUGACGGUAGUGGUACGAUUAGCUUCGACGAGCUGAAAGUAGAGUUGGACAAGCACCCAGGUGUAUUAGAAAAUCUCACUAUAAGCGCUGCAAAUUGGCUGCGACCUCCUCCUCCUCGUAAACCACGCACGUUUUCCAGCUACGUGCCUCACCAACUGACGUGGAAAUAUAUCCGUAACAACUUGAGACUCGUCUUUACCAUAAUCGCAUACCUUUUCGUCAACACCGCACUCUUUAUCUACAAUGCGUUGUCCUACAAAGACCUUGGAGUAGCAGUGAUGAUAGCGAGAGGUUGCGGCAUGUGCUUGAACUUCAACUGCACUUUCAUUCUCGUCUUGAUGCUUCGUAAGUGUCUUACGUGGCUUCGAAGUACACCGAUGGGACCGAAUUUACCACUGGACCACAACAUAGAACUACACAAAAUCAUUGGAAUAUUUAUUGCCAUCUUUGGCGGUGUACAUACCGCUGCACAUUACGUAAAUUUAGCUGUUAUCACAUCACAACCAAAUGCGACCUACGAAUGGUGGGAAUACGCGUUUACGGCGAGAACGGACCUAGGCUGGGUGUCUGGAACAGCCGGCAUUACGGGCUUCCUUCUCUUUCUCAUGAUAUUGACGAUGGUCAGCUGCUCUCAGCCAGCUAUCAGACGAAACGGAUUUUUCGAGGUUUUCUACUAUACGCAUAUGCUCUAUUGGAUUUUCUACAUAGUAAUGAUUCUCCAUGCCCAACACUUCUGGAAGUGGUUUCUAGUUCCGGGCAUUAUUUAUAUAUUGGAACGUAUUUUACGAUCUCAGUUUGUAAAGUUAGCGCGCUACGGUCACACAUACAUCCUGGAAGGAAUACUGUUACCUUCAAAAGUUGUUCACCUCGUGAUUUCUCGGCCUCACGGGUUCAAUUUCCAGCCGGGAGACUAUUGUUUUGUUCAGAUUCCUUCUAUUGCAUCCUACGAAUGGCAUCCGUUUACAAUCAGCAGUUGCCCGGAACAAGAGGACGUUAUCUGGUUUCACAUACGUUGUGUAGGCACGUGGACGAACAGAUUGUACAAGUUGUUCGAAGAGCGCAACACUGCCCACCCAAAGAUCGCAAUCAACUUGAAUCUGCCCAAGGAACACGUGCCGCCCAAGAUCUCCAUCAAAGCCCGGCCGCAAACGAGUUCGACAACAAUAUCAUUUGGUAGUGAUCUCUUGGAGUUGGAAGACGAAACGCACCCGUUGUCGCCUCAGAUGCCGUCGCUGCUGUCGCCCCUGGCGGCAACAUGUCGGACGAGACCGUGUUCGGUUGCCUCUCAGGGUCAAGAUUUUUCUCAUAUGUUUCGUGAACCGGCUAUCAUCAACGUCGAUGUCGAUCCGGCCGAAGAUGAGGAUAUUUCAAGAAGAGUAGAGAUAUAUUUAGAUGGUCCGUAUGGUUCUCCUUCUGCCCACAUUUUCAACGCCGAGCACGCUGUUCUCAUUGGAGCCGGAAUAGGCGUCACUCCUUUCGCGUCCAUCCUUCAAAGCAUCGUAACGCGUUACAGAAACGCCAAACAUCGAUGCCCAAAAUGCAACUAUGCGUUCAGCGGUGACAUUCCAUCAACAGUGAUGAGACUUCGAAAGGUUGAUUUCUAUUGGAUCAACAGAGAUCAAGAGUCGUUUGAAUGGUUCGUCAGCCUACUGAGUCAGUUGGAAAUCGAACAGCUGGAGCAGGGUGGAACAUUCGAUCGUUUCUUGGAGUUGCACAUGCACAUGACGUCCGCUCUCAAGAAGACCGACAUGAAAGCGAUUGGACUCCAAAUGGCACUCGACUUGAUUCACAAGAAAGACAAGAGAGACUUGAUAACAGGGCUGAAAACAAGAACAGAAGCAGGAAGGCCAGACUGGAACAAGGUAUUCGAGAAGAUUGAUAGAGACAAGAAGGGUAGAGUGACCGUCUUCUUCUGUGGUGCUCCAGCGCUCGGACUCAUUCUAAAAACCAAGUGCGACCAGUUUGGAUUCGAAUUCAGGAAGGAGAACUUCUAGUCAACACACACAAGUUUCAAACUCCGCUGUGUACACGGUCCAAGCAGUCACAACGUUGAGAUCCUGUGCUCUGAGCUCUCGGAUCAACAUCUCGACUUUUGUUGAGGUAUAGGUUUGUUAUAGUAACUAGGGCGAUAAUUUAUCCAAGCAAAGUUUGGUAUACGAUUAUUUAGUGGUACAUGAACAGAAUUAGAAUAUUAUGUUUUACAGACAGACUCGUAAAGAACUAGAAAGUGUAUAUACAAGUAUGGCGACUUGAAGUCAAAGAAUGCAAAG